GUAUUCUUUCAUUCCUACUGACCGUAAAAAUAGAUUAAACCAGUUAAGUUCAACCCGAAGAAAAUUGUGAUCGAUUUAAGUUGUGAAAUGAAGACUUAUCCGUGAUAAACGGGUAUACGUUAACAUACUUUGAUAAUACUAUUUAAAUUCAUACGAGGAUGGAAUGUGUGUUACUAUAUUACUAAAUUUAAAAAAAAAGCUGGUUCAGAUUUCGACUUGUGAGUGUAAGAAAAAAAAUAUAUAUACAUUUAUACACGUUUGUGAAAGUAAGCUGACGACAUGGACAUUAUUGACAGAAAGAGGAAUCUUGUUCUUAUUUAAGAUUCACAUAAGUUAAGUGAAGUGAAGUGAAGUAAAGUGAAGAUUCAGAGAUGAGACGGAAUAUUUCGUCUGGCGAACGGUCGUCUGCUGAGGAGACGGAUGAACGUGCUGAAACAUCCGGAAAUCUAGCUGCAGACGACAGUUGGAACAUUUUCCGGUACGCCAGAGACAAAUGGAAUCAGUUCGGACGAUGGCGCUCUCCUGGUCUCUAUGAUGAUAUUAAAGCCAGCACGGAUAACACGUGCAAAAACACAGAAUGUCAUGACGGUACAUCGAAAGUCAACUUCCGAUACAGUGAUGGAUCAACGCCUCUGACUCGAGCACUAAAAUUAAAUGAUCAAAAGAAUUUAGAGUACUUAUUACAAGUACAGGGUAUAGAUUUGAGUUAUCCAGAAAAAAUGGUUACUGCGCCAGGGAGUGUAUACAUUGAACCUGGUCAACCUCCCUUAAUUGUAGCAGUGGUAACUGGUCGUAUACAUUUAGUAAAACAAUUGCUGGACGCCGGAGCCGACGUUAAUGCUAUGGACGAGAACAAAUACACAGCCUUGUAUCAUAGCGUCUACAAAGGAUACACGGAUAUCACGCAUCUGCUUUUACAGCAUCACCCUAUUCUUGAAUGCGACAAGAACCGUUACGAUCCAAUACACGUGGCUUGUCAACAAGGCAACUUCAACAUUGCCACAAUGUUAGUCAACGCUGGUUGCUGUGUUGAUCCAUGUAAAGACAACAUGCUAGUGUCUCCCUUGCAACAUGCCAUAUCAAAUAGUUCAGAAGAUAUAUGUUUAUACUUGCUAGAACAUGGAGCAGAUAGAAACAACAAAGGCAACUGUGAUUUUGAACCAUUCCUUAAAAUGUGCCAAAUGGGACUUUCUACAGCAGUAGAAUUUUGUGUCAACACCGGUUCUAACGUAAAUAUGAGUACAGAGCACGGGAUGACACCAUUAAUGUUAGCAACUAAACUGCACAAUUACAAUUCCCAAAGAUGUCUCUUGUUCAGUACUACUACAAAGACUGGCAGACUUGAACCAGGUGCAUGUGAACUUUACCAAAGGAGAAUCAAAACAGCAAAGUGCUUAAUUAAUGCCAAUUGUGACCUUGACCUUACGUGUGAAAUAAACACAGUUGUCAUGACAGCAUUAUCCAUGGCGGUAAAAGUUUCAAAUCUUCCAGUCGCUGUUGUAUUACUUAAACACGGUGCUGCGUGGGAUGAAAACUGCCACAUUGCCCUGAAAGACCAAUAUAGAACUUGCCAAAGGGAAGCUUUAAUACCUAAUUUUAAUGUGUUCAUAUUAAAAAGGUACAUACCAAAGGUAUUAGCCCUGAUACCACAUAUGUAUCGUACACAGUUUCAGCAAGAAACGAACCAAUGUUUUAAUAUACCAACCCUCAAGGACGCAUGCAGAAAAGUCAUUCGAGAGAGGUUAAAAGUAUACACAGAAUCUAACUUUGUACAAAAUUCUUCACUUAUGCCCCUUAUUCCGUCCCUUAACUUACCAACAUUGUUAAAAGAUUAUCUAUGUUAUAAUGAAAUACAUGAAGAAGACUUUUCUCCUUCUGUAACCUGA